AUGUGCGAGCACGAGAUUGUCGGCGACUACCAUCGUGGCUGCCAGCACUUCCAUGGGAGGUACUACACCGGGGAGCGAACUGACUGUAAUUCGGAGAAGUGUAAGACAAGCCAGGCACACAAACACUUGCCCACACAGAGAUGUAACUGCCCAGCUGUCGUUACGGAUCGCCAUCGCGUACAGAAUAUGAUCCACGCGCCUCAUCCUGAUUGUCAGUAG